UUCCCAGAGUGCACCGCGGGCGCGAAGGCCUCACUGUCGGCGAGCGUUCUCCGGCGCCAUUUCUGUAGAGGGGAACGGCAGUGCGGCCUGUAAUCAUGGCGCUGUUCCCGGCUUUUGCGGGCAUUGGUGAGGCUCCCAGUAGCGGCAGCGCCAGGAAAGAAUUAGAUUGGCUGAGCAACCCGAGCUUUUGUGCUGGAGCCGUAACCUCUCUGAGCCAACAGCCUGAGGAGGCCACCACCCUGGUUUCUGAAGGGUCAUCGCCGACGAGGAGUCCUCUGAAAUCAGAGACUUCAGAUGAAAGUGACGCUAACAGAAAGCCCAGACAAACAAGCAGGAAAAAGAAGAAAGAGAAGAAGAAGAAGAGGAAGCAUCACCACAAGAAAACCAAGAGAAAACGUGGGCAGGCUAGUAGCAGUGGCUCUGAGCCGGAUAGUGAGCCUGAAAAGGACAAAACUUCCAGAAGCACUGGAGACAGUAGAAGGGAAUCCGAGAAGCCAAGGCAAGAAAGUCAUGCUGCUGCUGAUGUUGGGCAUCGCUUUGUUUGGCUUGAGGACGUGCAGGCUCUGACAGGAGAAACCUUCAGAACAGACAAGAAACCGGAUCCGGCCAACUGGGAGUAUAAGUCUCUCUACCGAGGAGACAUAGCAAGAUACAAGAGGAAAGGAGACUCCUGCCUUGGCAUUAACCCUAAGAAGCAGUGUAUAUCCUGGGAGGGGGCUUCCACAGAAAAGAAGCAUUCGCACAAGCAUGUUGAGCGCUAUUUUACGAAGAAGAGCGUGGGAUUGAUGAACAUUGAUGGAGUUGCCGUCGGCAGCAAAACCGAACCUCCGUCAUCUGAGCCGCUCUCCUUUAUCCCCGUGAAGGGCCCAGAUGAUGCGCUUCCUCCUGUUACAACCUGGUUGAACCCUCUGGGCAUUUACGAUCAGUCCACCACGCAGUGGUUACAAGGACAGGGUCCUUCAGAGCAAGAAUCAAAGCAGCCAGACUCAGAGAUGGAUAGAGAGAGCGCGCUGCUCAAGGCCAAGGUGGAGGAGUUCAACCGGAGAGUGCGCGAGAGUCCUCGCGACGUGCAGCUGUGGAUGGCCUUUGUUGCUUUUCAGGAUGAGGUCAUGAAAAGCCCCGGCCUGUACGCCCUCGAGGAGGGAGAGCCAGAGAAGCGGAAGAGGUCUCGGAAGCUGGUGCUGGACCGGAAGCUGGCCAUCCUGGAGCGGGCCAUCGAGAGCAACCAGAGCUCCGUGGAGCUGCAGCUGGCCAAGCUGGAGCUGUGUGCUGAGUUCUGGGAGCCCUCUGCGCUGCUCAGGGAGUGGCAGAAGCUGAUAUUCGUGCACCCCAACAAGACGGCCCUGUGGCAGAAGUACCUUUUAUUUUGCCAAAGCCAGUUCAGCACCUUCACUGUCGCCAAGAUCCACGGUCUCUAUGGCAAGUGCUUGAGCACGCUGUCCGCGGUGCUAGACGGCAGCAUCCUGUCACACCCCGUGCUGCCGGGCACCGAGGAGGCGGUGUUCGCUCUCUUUCUUCAGCACUGCCACUUCCUGCGGCAGGCUGGCCACUCGGAGAAGGCCGUCGCUCUGUUCCAGGCCAUGGUGGACUUCACCUUCUUCAAACCUGACAGCGUGAAAGACCUGCCUACCAAAGGACAGGUGGAGUUCUUUGAGCCCUUCUGGGACAGCGGGGAGCCCCGGGCUGGGGAGAAGGGCGCCCGCGGCUGGAGAGCGUGGAUGCAGCAGCAGGAGCGAGGCGGCUGGGUGGUCAUCAGUCCAGAUGAUGACGAUGAUGAGCCAGAAGACGAGGACCAGGAAAUCCGAGAUAAGAGUCUGCCCAGGUGGCAAAUCUGGCUUGCCGCUGAGCGGUCCCGAGACCAGAGGCACUGGCGGCCGUGGCGCCCUGAUAAGACCAGGAAGCAAACCGAGGAAGACUGUGAGGACCCCGAGAGACAGGUGCUGUUCGAUGACAUCGCACAGUCUCUGAUCCAGCUCUCCAGACCGGAUCUUCAGUUCCAGCUGGUCACAGCCUUUCUGCAGUUCCUGGGUGUGCCUUGUGGCUUCAGCACCCCGGCCUCCUGCGUCUACUUGGCCAUGGAUGAGAACAGCAUCUUCGAUAACGGGCUUCAUGAUGAAAAGCCAUUGACUUUCCUCAACCUCUCCUUCAAUGGCAUCAGCUGUGUUGGCCGCUCAGACCCCCUGGGCUGCCGUCGCUGGACCCGAGGUCACAGUCGAGAGGGCGAGGAGUUCAUCCGCAAUGUCUUUCACCUUGUGAUGCCUCUGUUUUCAGGCCAGGAGAGGUCCCAGCUCUGCUUCUCCUGGCUACGGUGUUUUUCUAGGAUGGACUCUUCUGCCCUCUGCUGGCCACUGGUCAUUUGGUGUCUGCACACUAAAAACAAGAAGAGGUUAAAGUCCCAAGGAAAGAACUGCAAAAAACUCGCCAAAAAUCUCCUUAAGGAGCCAGAAAACCGCAACGAUUUCUGCCUCUGGAAGCAGUAUGCACAUCUGGAGUGGCUGCUCGGCAACACGGAGGACGCCAGGAAGGUGUUCGACACGGCGCUCAGCCUGGCGGGCGGCGGGGAACCGAGGGGGUCCGAGCUCUGGGAGCUCGGCCUCCUCUACGCGCAGCUGGAGCUGGAGCUGGAGCUCUCGGCCGAUGUGAGGGGGACCACCGCGGCCCGGGCCGUGCACGUACUGACCAGACUGACGGAGAAUGGGCCCUAUGGGCCCUACUCGGGGCCGGUCUCGGCCGUUCAUGUCCUGAAAGCCCGGAAGGCUUACGAGCACGCGCUGCAGGACUGCCUGGGGCAGAGCUGUGGCUCCGCUUCAGCUCCCGCCGGCCCCGCUCACUGCCUCGCGAGCCUGGCCAAGUGCUUCCUGCUCUUCCAGUAUGUGACUGUAGGCAUCGAGGCGGCUGUGCGGCUCUACGAGCAGGUGUGUGCGGGGCUGCGGGGCUCGGUGUGCCCGGGCGGCGUACUCGAGGCUGUCACGCUGCUGCACACGGGCUUGCUCCGGUUCCACACCAGGGUCCACGUUUACCCCCUGGCUCCCCUGCGCCAGGCGCUCUCAGAGGCGAUACAGCUGUACCCAGACAACCAGCUUCUCUGGAGGGCCUACAUACAGGUUCAGAGCAAGUCCCACGCAGCCAGUAAGACCAGAAGGUUCUUCGAUGCUGUUACCAGGUCCGCCAAAGCCUUGGAGCCUUGGUUGUUCGCGAUUGAAGCUGAGAAAAUGAGGAAGAGGCUGGUGGAGACCGUUCAGAGGGUGGAUGGCAGAGAGAUCCAUGCCACGAUUCCCGAGACCGGCUUGGCUCAUCGGAUCAGAGCCCUGUUUGAAAGCACGUUGCAGAGUGACCAUGGCCGCCUGUGCCCUUUGCUGUGGAGAAUGUAUUUGAACUUUUUGGUUUCCUUGGGAAACAAAGAAAGGAGCAAAGGCGUGUUCUACAAAGCUCUUCAGAAUUGUCCUUGGGCAAAGGCGCUGUACUUGGAUGCCGUGGAGCACUUCCCCGAAGAGAUGCAGGAGGUCCUGGACCUGAUGACGGAGAAGGAGCUCCGGGUGCGCCUGCCCCUGGAGGAGCUGGCGCUUCUGCUGGAGGACUAGAGACCAGGAGGGAAUGGGCCCUGCCUUCCAGGCCUCGUCGCCUGCCCUGCCGGAGCUGGGAUGCACGAGAUUGGGGAUGCCUGGGUGCGUGUGUUCCGGGAGCUCUGCUUUUGAAGUCUAGCUUUCUUAGUACUUUGUACCUGGGUCAUCAGUUUCUUAUCUCUUGCACAUUUUUUUGGAUGUGCAAAUGACACAGAAGCUGUUGUUCACACAUUACAUGUGUGAAUAUGUAGAUAAAAAUCACACCUAGUGAUAAGGAAACCUCUCGUGGUUGGCGUAUGUGAGUUUGUGCUCUUCCUCUGCUCCCCGCCCAGCACCCCCAGAGUGUGUACGCCCCCUUGGUUGGCAUUCUUGGGGGUCCUGCCAGGGUUUCUGGGUCUUGCAGUCAUGACAGGAAAGGUCUGGGGACUCGAACCUCUUCCCCAGGCUGGUUAGCAGGAGAGCAGAUUUUGCCCUUCUCUUCAGGCCAGUCAGUGGAGUCAUUUAAAACUUGGUGUUCCGGCCUGUAUCAAGUGCAUUGAGUUCCUCAGGGUCCCUAAGCUCUUCUCGAUGCCUCCCAGCUGUGACCAGCAGCACCACCUGGGCGCCUGGCAGAGAUGCAGCCUUGCGGGCCCACCUCAGCCCUUCUGGGUCCGGCUGCACUUGAAUGGGACCCCUGGAGACUUAUGAGCACCCACGUGUGGAAAGAACCCCUACAGCAGGAAGCACGCGGGCAGCCAUGUGAGCGGAGUGCAGAAUGGAGCCUGCGGCUUCCUACCAGACCACCCCCUGCCCCUGCCCGUGAGAUGGUCGUGGCAGCCGUCAUCCGGGUGCAGACAGAGGCCAGUAGGUGUUUGGGGGUUAGGAAUGGACAUCUCUACGUUCAGACCACUUUCUUCUGUAAAGCACAUGCCCACAGUUAUUAACUGUUAAUAUUUAACUGGGAGGAAACUGCUUUAUCUUCUCUGACCUCUGCUCUUAAAAAAACCAAAACCCUGAUGCCUAGAAUUGCUGAAGUUGUCAUUCAUUGUCAUCCCAUCCAGAAAAAACAGUGUUGUGGAACAGAAAUCUGGGCUAGAAAGAGCUGGAAAAGAAGGGUGACAAGUCAGAGCCCCUGAGGAAGGUGGCUGGCCAGCCAGCCAAGUGGACACUUACCUUGCCGGGCUUGGACACAUGUGCUUGGACACGGACCUGCUCUGAAAGGAGAGAAGGGCAAGACAGACAGGGAAGAGGAAGCUUUGAUAUGGUUUUGAGCAUCCUGGAGAGAGAUGAGGUUUCGGAACCUGAGAACAAGGGAUGACCUGGGUGGCGAGCGGCAGACGUCAGCCCGGGCCUGUGGAGAUUCCUAGUAGGAACACUACGGCUGCUUUCCUGCCUGAGUGCUGAGAAACCCGCAGGCUCCACAGACCUUCCAAUACGGAAAGAUGUUUCCUUCCAAAGCCACAGCCACACUCUUCCACUGCAGAGACCGCUGGCUCUGUGUCACGUCCUCCCACUAGCUGCUGUCCAGCUCUGCCACCGGCUCUGGGCACGUGAGGCAGGGCCAGAGGUGCUGAAAGCCCCCCUACUGCCCAGGUCCCCCUGCUUAUUGCUGCUGAGCGCCGGGUGUGGAGGUUCCAGAAACGAAUGUGAGAAGGAGCACGCUUUAUUGGAGACAGAGCACUGCAUGGGACCAACAGGUGAAGGCGGCCUGGGGGGCAUCCUACACGCUCAAAAAAGUACACAAGGAGGUUCUGCUAGUAAGAAAGAUCAACUGGAACAUGGGUUCCUCUGGGCAACUUCCCCAAACUCAUCCCUUCAAGGGGUCAGAACAACCCCGACCACUUCCUUGAAGGCAGCUGUGGUCGGCUAGAGAUAUAGUCCCUCAGGGGUGCCUUCUUGUUUUUUAUAAAGAACAUUUUCUUUAGAUUUCUUGAAGUCUUCAUUUGUUACUUUCAUUCUGCGUUCUCUCAAGGCCAUCAGACCAGCUUCUGUACAGAUUGCCUGUAAGAACGAACAGUAUGUUCAGAAAGGGAAAUACUUUUUACUUGUGCUCUAUCAAUUCAGGAGCUGCUUGAAAUCGGGUGUAAGACGCUUAGACUAAAGAAACUGCUUAAACCGUUUGGGAAAAGAGUAGAUCUUUUCAAUGUUUUACACAUUCUAAUUACUUUCUCAGGGUCUGAGGUGGCUUUGAGGAGGAGGAGGCCUGGCUCAGGUUCUAACCAGCAGGAUGGCCCAAUGGGGAAGUUCUCUGCUCCACUUGUUACAGGAGCCACGUUCCUUCCUGGGCACCAGAUGCAACUACACCAGGACACUAGCAGCAACAGAGAAUCCAUCCAGUUCAUUUACCCACAGUCCAAAGAGAACACGUAUCAUGUAUUCUGGCUCGCUGUCUCAGGACAGCAUUUACUGGGAUUUAUUUCCUUAGUCAUCACUUGCCAAAAGCAAAACAAAAAACCCAUUCAACAUGAUGUGACAGAAACACAAUCCUGGCAUUGAAGUUUUUAUCUGGUUAUGGCCCUCAGGAUAUUUCAGAUGGUUCAGCAGAAAAGAAAGUGUAUUUGUGAACAAAAGAUAAAGUAUAGCACUAAAACGGUAACAUUGGAUAAAUCAAGGUGAUGGGUAUACUAGUACUUACUAAUGUUGCAACUUUUCUGAAGACUUCAAAUUUUUCAAAAUACAAAGUCGGUACAAAAUUUUAAUAUAAUUUCCAUUUUAAAAAGAGCUUUUUAUUCACCAACACAGACACUAACCCAGUUCUUUAGAGACCAAGGAUACACAGCUCAGUGCAGGCAGCAGUGUGAAAAGGCCCCACAUGUGCCGUCCUGCCCUGACCAUGGUACUUAGACCUGACAAAAGCCCAGAUCCUCAGCUAAAGAGCAGGCUGGACCCAGAUCUGGUGCUGCCAGCCUCCUCCCACCCCUGCCCCAUGAAACUGAGAGGUACGACCCAGCCCAGGUUCUCACCUUGAUAUCAGCACCCGAGAGGUCAUCUUUAGCCAUGAUCAAGUCGUCCAGGGUCACAUCAUCGGCCAGCGUCAUCCUGCUUGUGUGGAUUUGAAAGAUGCGCUUCUUAGUCUUCUCAUCGGGCAGGGGGAACUCAAUCUUCCUGUCGAUGCGACCUGUGGGUAGAAAAGGUUUCCAGUCACAUCGCUGCACAGCCCCCAGGUGUGGCUCCAGCUCAGGAAGAGUCUGAGCCGUGUCCUCACUCACGCUGUUUCGGUCAGACAGCACCCUGUGUGUGUGUGUGGGGGGGGGUCCAAAUCCCGAAAGGUGAACAUCCCUCUUGUAGUUGUAAAUGUCGGCAUUUGAAUUCAUCCAAUCUGAAAGAGAUCCGCUCUGCUGGGGUACCCUUAGAAAUAAAGAAAGGGCUCCUGAAUGACCUACGUAGUGAAAAAGGACAGAUUGUGUUAAAAAGCAUAAACAAAUUAGCCACUGCUGCAUCCUGGUGGGACCUGAAUGUAAAAAAAUGAACCUGAGUUAACAUAUGAAUUAUUUUCAGAGAAAAUAUCCAUUAUGGGAAAGAAAAGAUCACAAUUUAAGAUUAGAAGGGCUACACCCACUGCAUCACGUCCUUCCUUAACCACAACCUCAGGGGAUGAGGUCUUUAGUAAGUUACUCUGCAUUUCACGCGUUUGCCUUGAUACUUAUCUUUUUUUUUUUAAAGGUUUUAUUUAUUUGACAGAUCACAAGUAGACAGAGAGGCAGGCGGGGGCAGGGGGAGAAGCAGGCUCCCCGCUGAGCCGAGAGCCUGACGCAGGGCCUCAUCCCAGGACCCUGAGACCAUGACCUGAGCUGAAGGCAGAGGCUCAAACCACUGAGCCACCCAGGCGCCCUGAUAACACAUUGUUCUUAAAUCCCCUGCUCAUGCACUUAAACGGUCAUCCAUAGACACAACAGCUAUCCCUGGUAGAACAAGCAAACUGACCUGGUCUGAUAAGAGCUGGAUCCAAAGUCUCUAUUCGGUUUGUGGCCAUGAUAACUUUCACGUCACCCCUCGAAUCAAAUCCAUCCAACUGGUUCAGCAGCUCCAGCAUUGUUCGUUGAAUUUCUCUCUCACCACCAGAAUUUGAGUCAUACCUUUGAAAAAGAAGAGAAGGCGUGAAAACCUAACUGAUCUGCUGAAGGAUAACUCAGACGUCCUCAAUUCUAGCGACAAAAUCACGCCCUCCCAUCAUGUUGUUUAAAUUGUAGAAGUUUUAUGCCUGAGAUUUUAUCAUUAAUUCAGUCUCCGUGUGCCUGAAGUCCAGAUCAUGAUGCCUGGCUCCGAGCAGAUGCUCGGGACACUGCUCUGGACUAAUCUCCAGGCAGUCACAACUGCAUGACUGUUAACCUGGCACCUGGGAGAGCAGAGCCUAAAGCAUCCAGAGUACCAUGGGACGGUAGGAACUAUGGCAAACCCACAGGCAGGCCAUCCAGGGGGUACUCAAUGAUCGUUCUCAGAGAAGAGCUCUGGGGCUUUUAUCUCUGCUCAACACAGAAAGAGAAAUGUACCUUUUUGUUCCAAUGGCAUCAAUUUCAUCAAUAAACACAAUGGAUGGUGCGUGUUC